AUGUAUAAAAAUCCACUAUCUCAUGGAUUUGGUGAAGACAUAGAUUGGGUAUCAUGGGAUAAUGCUAUUGAAUUAGCUGAACAACAAGAAAAACCAAUAUUUCUUCUUGUUCAUAAGACAUGGUGCCAUGCUUGUAAAUCUCUUAAAAAAACAUUAGAAUCAUCAAAUGCUCGCAAAGCUUUCAAAAUUCUAUCAAAAUACUUUAUAAUGGUAAAUACUGAAGAUGAUGAAGAACCAUAUGAAGAUGAAUAUAGACCUGAUGGUAAAUAUAUACCUCGUUUAGUAUUUUUAGAUAAAAAUGGAGAUCUUCUUGAACAAUUUAUUAACAAAAGAGGAGAACAAAAGAAUUAUAAAUAUUAUUAUUCAACGCCAGCUGAUAUUGUUGCUUCAAUGAAAUCAGUUCUUAAGUAUUAUGGAGUUAAAGUUCCAGAACUUGAAAAGGCAAAAUCAAUAAAACCAAAGAAAGUAUCAAAGAAAGUUGAUGAAAAAGAUGACAAAAAAGUUGAAGAAAAUAAGAAAGAAGAAAAGAAAGCUGAUGAUAAAAAAGAUGAAAACAAAAAAGAAGAUAAAUCAUCAUCUAAAAAUGAUAAAAAAACUGAACUUUAA